AUGUUUUCCGCAUUCGGCACUCGAGGCCGGCUUCACAGGUCCAUGUCCUCUCGCUCAAUUCGAAGAGCCCGUCGUCCACCAGCAGAAAUCAUCGAUCCCGAUGUCGCUAAGCUCCAUGCUGCUGUGGCCGCUUCCCGUGCUAUGCACUCAAGUCAUCAACCUUCCCAUCAAUCAUCAGCUGAAUUGAAAUGCUCUUAUAACCGAGUUGGUGGACCUACCCAAGUCGCCAUUCCAAGACGGCGUCCGAAAUCCAGCAUUCAAUAUACCGACGACAGCACCUCAACCUAUGGAGCUCCCACCGUUCCCCCGUCCACCCCACUUCCAUUUGCCAGGGCCGAGAGUAUAUCUACAGUCAACGAUCGCGAAUUCUCCGCCGUCCUCUCACCACCCGCUGAGCUGAAUGGGUUGGAUGGUCGAGAUAGCUCUGUGCCCUCCUCAUAUAGGCGGCUGCGCAAGGCCAAAUCAAUGUUUUCAACUAGACAACGAUCUUCACACAUCACAUACAGUACGCCACCUCUCCCCCGUCGAGAUGCCAUGGAUCUCGAGCGAAGCCCCCGGUUUGCGCUGCCACGCACCAUGAGACAUACACCAUCCUUUAUUCGGGCAAGUUCCUUCCAAAGUUCCCGUGCAAUUAGACACGCCAAGAGUCAAGAUACAGCCAUUCAGCUUGCCCGCGAUCAAUUCCUCGGAGAAAUUGACCAGGCUGAAGCCCGGACGAGACAUUCUUCGCUCUUCGUACAUCGACGCAGAUGGGAAAACAAACCGUUCCGCAAGACACUCCGUGUGACAAGUGCGAGUAACAUUGGCACCAAGCCGGCUGAGAGGCAUGGCAGGCGACGGACCUUUUCAGCAUCUUUCAAGAACGGUCUGAAGCGGGUUUUUGGUCUAUCAAAGCCUGUCGAGCAACAAUCAAACCUCUCAGACGCAACAGAUCCACCAUUUCCUCCGGUGCCUAUCGCCUGCAAUGAGAUCUCUGUCAACAAUUCCGUCCACGAAUAUGUGGAGGAUCCCCAUUGCGUGUUCCACGAAUCUCCCCCCAGUCGUGCCAGUCUCUGCACAUCCAAAUCACGCGUCACAAGUUGGGCAGAUUCGACCGUGGCCAACACUAUCACAGCUCGCAAGCCUGGAAAUCGGCAAUCGCUAUCUCUAAUUGAAGAGCACGGGGACCUGAAUAAGCAAUUACCGCAGCAUCCCUCCGGCGCGGCCGACCAGGCUUCGCCUACGCCCAGAAAGUCUACCGCCCGCAGGUUCAAUGAUUGGGUUGAUAGCCAUGACCUGUACUCGGCUUUGAUGCAGCAGAUUGGACGGCAAGAUGUGCAGAAUGCCGAAGAGGAAAUAAUUUUCGGUACUGUGGCAGAGCACCGUGCUGUCCAGGCACGCACUUCCUCGGCAUUAUCGCGUCGCAGCAAAUACACAGUCCGCCGUGUUCCCAGUGGAGAUUCUUCGACGCCCGGAUCAUUUACGACAGCAAGGGCUGGAGACUCUUCUUCCCCGCGGAAGAAUAUAAUUCGACCUCUUCAGUAUAUUCCUUCGUCAGCGUCCUCUCGAAGAAUUCAAGGGCAAGAAAUCCACACUUGGGGCCCGAGAGUCGAUGGAAAAUCACCUCGCUCGCCGUGUGCACGCGGUGGGGAUUCAGACGAUGAAACAGGGAGCGUGAUUGUUGUUCGCUAUGGAGGCGCAAGAAUGGGGGCUGUUUCUCCAAGUGUAUAUUCUCGAACGACAAAUGGGGGUACGCCCACGGAGGAAGUUAUUGAACCUCGAUAUGUCGCGGACGAGCCGGGAACAGCGACUAUAUUUACCUCUCAGAGAGCAGUAUACAAGUCACCAAGACGUUCUUCCAGCUCAUCACCUUUGAAAACUCAGGUGAAGCCGAGUUUGGACUGGCAGCAGUGGAUAAGCUCACAGAUUGAGAGAAUCGAGUCAACCAGUCCGACACGAGAGCAUGUGAGAGAGGAUGCCCAGUUUCAAGAAGAUGAUGAUGAGAUAUUCAUGGGAAUGAUGCGGCGAGCCCCUGGCCCCGGCCAAGAGUCGACUGCCAACCCGUAUAUUGCUAGUGAGCCGAAGCACAAUGACUCGCAGUCCAUUACGGACCCCAGAGUUACUUCUCAAAAUAACUUCUCUCGUCCAUUCAGUCGAUCAUCCAGUGUGCGGACCAUUCUGCCAUCUCAAACCGUUGAGCCCGGUAGCACAGUCAAGACUGCAUCCAAGCUUUCAGCAGUUGAUUCCAUCGCUGAUGUUCCAUCACCACCGGCUCGGGUGCCAUCCGAUCGGACUCUAUCGCCAAUGCGAACGAGAACUGCGAACUCACCAAGCAUACCAGAUUCACCAACUCCACAGAGAGUGGUACCCGAUAUACCGAAGCGGAAUUUGACACAGGAGCAGUACCGACGAUAUUCCGCUCGCCGGCCGAUAGGUAAUGGAAAGCCAAACUCAUUCCGGUCGAUGCGCGCCUAUCGUGACUUUAAUGCGCUGAAUAACGAAAAUCAGUGGCGGAGGGAGGAUCACGAAAACAUGAUGGAUGAGUAUCACAAGAAUCAGGAUGGUCCUUCUACUGUCUCCAGCAAACGCAUGGUGGAGAUGUUUUUGAACAGUCGGCGUCGCCCGGCGGAAAAAGUGUUGGAUGGCAAUGCCCCCGGUGAGGCUUUCAUCUGA